CAUACGUGCUUUAUGGACUUAGCUGUAAGAAGGUUUGAAGCAGGUUUUUCAGGCAAGUAAAUGGAAAUGUGGCCCACACUGACAGCGGACCUGCUUGCGUUGGUCACUUUGUGUUUUGGUGCAAGUGUCGAACAAAUGUCUUAUAGACCUCAGAGCUGCACGCUUGAAUGUAUCCGACAGGGAAACCCAGAAUGUGAAUACUGCAGAAUUACAGCAAAUGAUGUUCAGUUAUCUACCAGCAUUCCAUUCACCAGCAUAUUUGGAAGUUGUGUUCCUUGGCCCUGUCAAUCUUUUCUAGGCCAGGACACCCCUGAAGUCUGUCUGCAUUAUGUUGAAGCCCCGCGCAAUAUUCAGAUUGAGUUUGAAAACGAUCAAGAUCCUUCAUUUGAUGCCAUUACGGUGUCAUGGAAUCCAAGCCAAUACGGUAUCGCAUUCUUGCGCGGGUUCCAAGUCACCCUGCAGGCUCUUGGUGGAUCUAAAAUUUCAUGUCAACUGUUUCUCCUACGUAAUAACUUAUCGCUCACCCAUGCACACGCCCAAAGGGUUUAUUAUUCAGAUCCUUUUACACGUCUGUCGUUGGAUACCAGAUAUGUUGUGACGAUCAUGGCACUGCCCGUCCCUGAACAAUGGCACCAGUUUUAUCAGAAGAAAGAGUUUUUUACUCGCACUUGUCCAGAAAAAAAUAGCUUAGAAGAAUGUGAAAAAGACUGGUAUCCUAGAUAUGUUGAAGUCCACCAGGAGAACCAAGACAUUUUUGUGACCUUUAACCUCGCCCCUGAGAACUUUAAAAUCCGUCACUAUUUCUCAUCUUGUUUUGGAGGCGGGCUACGGAACUACACAAACAUUGAACCGGAUUUCGCUCGAAACAAAACCCAUCACACAUAUCGCUUACAGAAUCUCAGAGCCGGUACAAACUACACCUGUGAGAUUGCGGCCAAUGUCGUGGAUGCUGUAAGGAAAUCUUUUGUUUUUGUAGUUCAACAGAAAAAUGCAGACCCGUUGACCUCACACUUCACAGAGAGAUCUUUACUCGUAGUCCUCUUGUCUUUGGGAAUUCUGCUCGCUGCGACUGCAACGGUCAUCUUCGCUGUUCUCUACAAGAAAAGAUUAAAGAAAGCGGUCAAGACCAAAAUGAGACCAGAUAUUAUUGAAGAAGUGGAUGAAGGGAAGUGUGUUUUACUGGAGCGUAAUAACCGCCCCCCUCGCCUCCUGAUUUGCUACUCAAGAAAUGAUGGCUCCGCCCACGUGAACGUCGUACUACAAUUCGCUGCUUUUUUGCAAAAGCACAUGGCCACACAGGUACAUUUGGACAUGUGGGACUCCUUAAGAAUCAUGGAGGAUGGCAUUCUAGGUUGGCACAGCAGAAGAUUAAAUGAGUGUGACUUUGUGAUGGUUAUAUGCUCCAGAGGUCUCCUUCAGAACCGCCAAAACCAGAAUGAGGAUGAGGACCAGAACACUGAUGAGAACACCGCUUUAACCAUGAUCGCCAUAAUCGGACAGGAGAUGUGCCGUGCCAAAGCUCUGGGUCAAGACCUCUCCAAAUACAUGGCUGCCAUUUUCGAGUACUCGGAGGAGUCUGAUAUACCAGCUGUACUGGGCCUUGCUUCGAGAUACACCCUGACUGAGGACUUACCUUUGCUUUUUUCUCAUCUUCAUGGGGUGCCAUUGCAAAAGCCCGGAGUUUACCUACAGGUGGAAAACAUUUCAGAAAGUGGAUAUUUCAAACUUCCGGGCGGAGCUGCGCUACAGCAGGCCAUCCAGGAGGCAAAAGAACAAAUCUUGAAUGAGUAGACAAACCUUAUAGACUUGUGUUAAAGGAGGAACCUGAGCCAUGUUCAAGCUUCAAUGUCCAAGGACAAGGUUUUAUAGUCUGUGGCAACAAAAUCUUUGGCCACUUGUGGAAACCAAAUGGGAAGGAUACUGAAGUAAUUUGGAAAGUAUUGAGGCAUCUAAAUGCUGUGUAUUUCAGUAUGUUACAAUUGUACGUGUAUUCAUUAAUGCAUAUAUCUGUAGUUUCUUAUGUGCAUGAAUGUAAACAAAAUCAUGUGCAUUUUUAUAGUAUUUGCAUGCGCAUGUACAGGUACAGCAUUGGAAUGUUUUCUUAAUGUAAAACGAUUUUACAAGACUGGUUAUAUUUUGCAAUUUUAAGAGUAAUGUUUAACAUUUUACAUCUGCUUAGACCUGGCCUGAAAUUAUCUUUGCCUUUGUGUUUUUUGAAGGGAACUUACUUAGUAUUACAAAAUAUCUCUAAAAGUAAUUCAUAAUUUUUAUGAUACACAAGUAUAACAAAGGAAGCCAGUGUCUUGUUUCCAGUAUUUGAGCUCCAGAUGUGUAAACUAAUGAUGUUCCUCAAAAAGAAACAAAGAAACAAAAUUUUAUAGCAGAAUAUUUGUAUUCAUUUGUAUGAAAUUUUGAGUUCAAAACAAAGUAAAUCAAACAUAAAUUUUA